AUGGUUUCAGUUUCCCAUUUCCUAUCAUCAUUGUUCUCAUACAUGAAACAAGGAAAGGAGAAUUGGUUAGUACAAUCACCAAUAACAUUGAGUAAGAGAAUUCAAGAGGAUUCCAAGCAAGUAUUUCUCAAUUCAUCAUUAGAGUUUUUGUUCAAGGAAUCAGAAUUAUGGAUUAAUUCAAUCAUGAAUUCAACUCCCAACAACAACAUAAGCCUCAUUUUACUUCUAUCUCACACAAAAUCAGAAGUACAUCUCAUCAUAGGUCCAAUUCCGUUCACUGUAAAUCACAAACAAUUUGGUUCACAGUACAAAAAACAAGCAUUUCAUUUUCAAGCCUAUGUUUGUUCAUAUUUUGAUAGCAAGUACAAGCCCACAGUUUACAUUCAAUCAAGCAAGUCCAAUAAACAAAUUACUUAG